AUGAUAAACUCAGAUUAAAUAAGAAAAUCAAGUUCCCAAAGAGCAACUUUAAGCACAAUGUAGAAUCAAAGAUUUUACUGUGGUUAAAAAUUAAAGACAUCUAAUAAAGAAUUCUUAAAAAGUUAUCGAAGUUAAGUUUCAUUCUCUGAAAUGUAUGAUAGUAAUUCUAGAGUGAGUAAUUUAUUUGAAAAAAUUAAAACUCAAAAUACAAAUAUUCGCUAAUAGGAGAAUAACCUUUUUUUCAAAGUUGAAGGAGCCAUAUUAGAAUUAUAUAACUAAUAUGAGCAAAAUUAUCAAGGUCUUGGAUCGCUUGACAAAAUUAAUUCAGUUUAAGAAAAUUUAUUAGUCGAAUUCAAAAAAUAAAAUAAUUAACUUAUCAAGACUUUUGAUGGAUUAAAGUUAUCAGAUUUAGAUUAAAAUGGAGUUAAUCAAAUAUAAAUUGAUCGAUACUAAUUUUAUUAUUUCAGAUUAAGAAUUUUAGAAAAACCUACUCCUAUUCAUAUUCACUUAUAACUACCAGAAUCAUUAUCAUUUUUAUUGUUUAAAUUGAUGCUAUCUGUAAAAAUUGAAUUUCCUACUAAAUUCAAUGCUGAUUAAAUAAUCUAAAGUAAUUAUGCAAAAGUUUAUUCAAGUAAUCCUUAAGCCCAUUAUUUUAAAGAGGAAUUUCUCUAUCUAACAUUUUAUUCUCAUGUUGAUUUCAUUUUAAAAUUAACUGUGCAUUUUGGAUAAUUAAAUGCUGAAAAAACCCCAUCUCGACGAAAUGAAUCCAGAUCUCCUAAUUUAAUGAUGGCUCAAAGUGAAAAUAUAAAAUUUAUUCAUUCUCCUGAAAGAAGGAUAGAUAAAAAAGGAAUCAAAUUAAAUACAUAUUAAUCAUCAAUGGAAAGAGAAACAGAAACUAGUAGAGUUUAAACUGAAAAUUCUGAUAAAAGAAAAUUUAUUAAAAUAAAACCAGUUCAAUCUAAGUUGAGCACUCUAUUAAUAUAAAUUGGAAAAGAAUUUACAGGUUUAACUAAAGAAGAAAGAUUAAAAAAGAUUGAAGAGCUUUAAACAUAAAAAAGAAUAGAAUUAGAAAAAGAUUAUGAAAUUAAAUAAAAAACUUUUUUUUAUGUAUUAGAAAAAAGAAAAUUAUAAAUUGAGUAGAAUUCAAUAAUAAAAAAACAAAAAAUUUAACUAGUUUAGAAAAACAAAAAAAAUACUUUUAGAGAAAGAUAAUAAUUUUUUAGAGAUAAGAUUUUAGUUUAAUAAUAAAUUUCUUAAUUUAGAGAGAUAGAACGUUCUUUUAGUAUUAGAAAAGCUUAUGCUUAUAAAUUAUCAUUAAGUUGGGGUAAAAUAAUAAAAUCCAUUCUUAUUUUUGAUAUUUUGUAUACUCUUAUAAAAGUAAAUGAUGAUUUUAAAUUUUUAGGAUAGUAAAAAAAAAUAGAAAGUUUAAGCUAGAGGUAAAUUAUUAGUUUGGACUAUUAAAACAAAAGCAUUAAUUUAGGCAAAAGAAUAUGGCUACACAACCAAAGAAAGAACAAUUACAAAAUGUUGUAUAGUUUUAAAAAUGGUAGCUUUCAAUUUAAAAAAAAAAAUAAAAAUAUAAUCCUAAGCAAUUUUGGUUAAAUAUUUUAUUUAAAUGAAAUUGGCAGUAACUAUAGUCCAUUAGCAUGAUAAGACAAUAAAAAAAAGUAGUAUAAAUUUUUAAUUUUAGUAAUCUAGAUCCAAAGGAAUUUUAGAACUUUAAAAUAAAAAAAAUUAACUUACAAAGAUAAAUUUUCUAAGCUUAUUAAAGAUAAUAUUAAUUAAAUUAUUGAUGAAUUGUAAAGAUAAUAUGGAAAAAAAACAUUUUAUGAUAUAAACGAUAAACCAAUAUAAUAGCUAGAUAUGUAUCAAAUAAUUUCAUUAUUUAAGAAUCUGCGUAAAUUAAUUGAUUGACGAAUAUUAAAAAUAAAAAAAGCAGAUAUGGUGUGAAUAUAUUAACAACAAAUUUUUUGAAAAAGAUUUCCAUAAAGUAUGAUAUAAUUAAUAAUUAGAAAAUGAAAGAUUUUGCUAUAAAUUUGAAAGAACCUUAAUUAUAUGAACUUCCUAAAAGAAAAGAAUUGAUAUCAAUAAUUGAAAAAUACGGUAAGAUUAAAAAAUUACUUUGA